AUUAUGAAAAUAUUCAUUGUUAAUAUUUUAAACCAAUAAAACUCUGCUACAUUUUUAUUAUUUGUGUUUGAUAAGAAAAAAACUAAGAUUUCAAUAGUUGGGCCAACUGGGGCUCUUAGAUGGUGCAACUUUCAAUGGCUGCUGAAUGGAUUCGGCUGAAUUUGAACACUCCAACAGUAGUCCAAACCAACAUCUUGAUAAGAAGUAUGGGUCCUGUGUCAGAACUGGAUAUGGAGUAUUCUAUGGACUGCUAUUUCCGCCAAUACUGGAGGGAUCAAAGAUUGUCUUUUAUGGGGCCAAUAAAAUCACUGUCACUGUCCAUAAAGAUGUUAGAGAGAAUAUGGAGACCUGACACUUAUUUUUACAAUGGGAAAAAUUCCUACGUACAUACCAUUACUGUCCCCAACAAGCUUCUCAGGAUAAGUCAAGAUGGAGACAUACUCUAUUCAAUGAGGUUAACAAUAAAAGCAAAGUGUCCGAUGGAGUUGCGAAGCUUUCCUAUGGACAGGCAGUCGUGUCCCUUGAUAUUUGGAAGCUAUGCCUACACUUCAAAGGACUUGGUCUACCAAUGGCAGAACAAGGCGAGCGUCAAUUUUGUGCCAGGGAUGACUCUAUCUCAGUUCGAUCUCAUCAGUUCGCCGUACAGGAAUUUCACUUUGACCAGGAGAGAAGGUGAGUUCUCUGUUCUCCAAGUCUCCUUCAACCUUCAACGACACACUGGUUAUUUUCUCAUCCAAGUAUACGUUCCGUGCAUCCUCAUCGUUGUUCUUUCGUGGGUUUCAUUCUGGAUCCACAGAGAGGCAACCAGUGACAGAGUUGGACUGGGAAUAACCACUGUACUUACACUUUCUACGAUCAGUUUAGAUUCUAGAACAGAUUUACCCAAGGUUCGAUAUGCAACUGCGUUGGAUUGGUUUUUGUUGAUGAGUUUCUUCUAUUGCAUCGCUACGCUGUUGGAAUUCGCAGGUGUCCACUAUUUUACAAAAGUAGGAAGCGGAGAAAUUCCUGUUGAUGAAGAUGACUGGGAUGACUGCAACGCUACUGAGGAAGAAACAAAAGAUGUGGCAGAUUUUGUAGAUGGGAGCACAAAAACUGACAACACUAAAAGACGCAGAAGUUCCCUCAUUUGCCCUAUAUACAAUAACAGUACAAUACUAUAUGAAAGCAGGAAAACUUCUCUUACGUCAAACCCUCAAGUGCCAUCGACCUCUACAGUUAGAGUUACAAUGGAUAGAAUGACACAAACUGAAACUAAGUUGCCAAAAUGGAAGCUUUUCUUGUACUGUCUGAAAGGGGAUGAUAAAUUCAGGAAGCAAAGGGAAAGAGAAGCUGCAGUUGCCAGCGGACUGGGAAAAGGAAACCAACAUGGUCACAUGAGACACAUUAAUAGUGUAUCGCUAAUAGACAGGACAGCUAGAGUAGUUUUUCCUGCAUCCUUUGGAUUUUUCAAUUUGUUCUACUGGAUGGCAUACUUCAUGUUGCAGGACAACUUCAAGUGGGGAGACACAAAAUUGAGUUCGAGAAGUCAUUGACCUUCGUUAAUGUGUGCUUCCUCUUUUCAUUUUUCCCUUCAAUAACAUCCUAGAGAAAAUACUAUGUAGUCAAGAAGUGUAAUUUAUGCAAUUUCACAACGAACUUCAUCACUUCAAUGCCUUAGUUCCAAAUUGAAUAAAAAUCCCAGAAGACGACGUCAAGCCGGAAACGGGGGACACACCAAAUCAUAAUAGUUACCAGAAAAAUAUAACAAAAAUCUACACCCUGUGAACAUUUUGUAGUUUCAUUACUACGAAUUUCAAUUUUUUUCUUAGACCGAGUGACGGACAGUGUCGUUCUACGUAGUGAAAGCAAGAUAUAUAGUAACGCCACUUUUGUAAUUCAUGAAUGCAUUUAUAAAAUUCACAAUAAAUCUUCAAACCGCCGUCCUUCAGCAGCAAUGCAAGCUUGGCAUCUUAAAAAUGAUCAGACGCAUCAAGAUAUUCUCCAACUGAACGGGCAUAGUGCGCCGGGCAUCCGUCUUGCUGGUACCGCAUGUCUCUUAGUGCUGCUUAGUGGCACAUCUUCCAAUGAAUUUAGUUAAUCAUUUUGUAAAAAGUCUAAAUAAAAAUCUCCAUUCAAGAAUUCUGGCAACUCAAAGGGUACAAUGAUUUGUCAAUUUAGAAUCCCGGUCAACAUGUUUACUUUAAAACGAUACUGUGAGCUAUCUUUACUCAUCAAAUGUGAAUUUUCUACAUACCAAUCGUGUAAGAUGUGUAGAUUCAUAAAACCAUUUUUUUUUAAAUGUCGACUCAUCAGUCCAUAAAAUUUUCUCUAAAAAUCGCGGAUCUGUCCAGUGUAUCUGUAACAUUGUUUGACAAAACUCAACUCUUGGAAGAUAGUCCCGAGGUUUUAGAGAUUUUACUCGCUGUACGUGGUAUGGGUGGUGCUCGUUCUUUCGUAAUAUUUGGUGGGCUAUUCUUUUUGGCACUCCCGUGCUUGCUUCUAUUUGACGGACUGAAGUACUCGGGUCUCCUUCCACUACUUGUAGUACGCUGUCCUCGUAAGGAAAGCCUGGUUGCAGCACUAGCAUUGCAUUUACAUUCCCCAUAAACGAGGUGCAUGUUGGCGUAUUUAUGUACGAUGUACACAGACAUGUAGCACUUCACAAUCAUGAAUUAAUAAAACUGGCGUUACUGUCUGUCUUGUUGUCACUACGUAGAAUGACACUGUCCGUCACUCCGUCUAAGAAAAAAAUGAAAUUCGUAGUCCUGGGAACCAAAAGUAUGCAACUUAGAUUUUUUUAUAUUUAUCUGAUGACUAUUAUACUCGUAAUAACUUUACGGCUUGAAGUCGACUUCUGGGCACCCUGUGGUUAAUUGGCACGCAGAUUGAUUCUUCCACACUACAGGCUGUAAAAGUCAGACGUGAUAACAGAUUUACAUUAAAAUCUGGACUUUACUAAUGUAAAUCUAAUGUACAUUAAUUUGUGAGUAACCUGCCAUUUUAGUCAAAAGUAGUUCAGGAUGGGACGAAAUACUUCACUUUGCUGUAUGUGUUUCAAAACAAACCUGACCCAAAAAGGUUAAUAUUUAUAAAAAAGACGCUAGAUUCAUUGAAUGCAGGCCGGUUUUCAGAAGACAAAAAUGUCGAAAGUCUCGAAAACUGUGAGACUUCCUGAAACAUAGUUUUGCGAUAUAGUAGGUCAUGAAGUAUUUUCAGUUGCAGGAUUAUUCUUCAUUUUCUAAACAGCCUGUAUAUUCAGUUGCAGAUGUAGAAAGGAAGGUUGCCUCUCCUCUGCCCAUAUGACUCGAUAAAUAUUUGUAUGUUAUGUAAUUAUUUAGUUUUUUAGAAGAACGUAAUUGUAGCAAUCAUGCUAAAUAAAUCUUAAACAAUCAAACAAAAUCAUAAGAAAUCUAUAUCAUGUAUAUAUAUAUAUACAUAUAUAUAUCUUGAGACGUGGUCAUUGUCGUCUAGACCAGUUAGGUGAAAAAUUAAAGCUUCCGCCUUUUGUUGGGUACUUCGACAAAAUUUAAGCAAAGAGGACUAUAUACUUUUUUUAAUUCUCU